AUGAAACAUUUAGAAGGAGAUAUAGUUUGGGUACCUCAUACUGUAAACGGUUAUUGUAGGGGUAAAAUUAUAGGGUAUAAUGAAAAGAAUCAAGUUACUGUAAGAUUAUUAGAGUUAAAUGAAGAAAUUAAAAUCAAUGAACAAUUAAUACAGAAUUAUAAUCAAUCAGAUGAUAAAGAUUUCAGUGAUAUGGUUGAGAUUCAAGAUUUAUCUGAAGCUAUCAUUUUAAAUAAUUUAGGAUUAAGAUAUAAAUCUGACCAAAUUUAUACAUAUAUUGGGAAUGUUUUAAUUUCAAUUAAUCCAUAUAAAGAGAUUAAAGAUAUAUAUAGUUUAAAUAUAUUGAAUAAAUAUAAGGAUAUAAAUACAAUUAAAUCAAAUCCGCCACACAUAUAUGCAGUGGCACUAAGAGCUUAUCAAUCAAUGGUAUCAGAGAAAAAGAAUCAAUCAAUUAUAAUUAGUGGUGAAUCUGGUUCAGGUAAAACUGAAGCUUCAAAAACAAUUUUACAAUAUUUAAUUAAUACAAGUAAUAGUAAUAGUAAUAAUAAUACAAAUAUAAAUAAUAAUAAUAAUUCAAUUGAAAAAGAUAUUUUAAAUUCAAAUCCAAUUUUAGAAGCAUUUGGUAAUUCUAGGACAACAAAGAAUCAUAAUUCAAGUAGAUUUGGUAAAUUUUUAAAGAUUGAAUUUAGAUCAAGUGAUAUGAAAAUUGAUGGAGCCUCUAUUGAAACCUAUCUAUUGGAGAAAUCAAGAAUAUCACAUAGACCCGAUGUAAAUAAUUUAAGUUAUCAUAUAUUCUAUUAUUUGGUAAUGGGAGCAAGUAAAGAAGAGAGAGAAAGAUUAGGACUUGAUAAUGAUCCAUCGAAAUAUCGAUAUUUAGAUGCAUCCACUUCUGUAAUUGAAUCAUUUAAAAAGCAAUCCAAUGGUGGUAGUGGUGGUGGCAGUGGCAAUAAUGAUCUAUCAGAAUCAUUACAAUUAGUUAAACAAUCAUUAGAAUCAAUGUCAAUUGCAAAGGAACAAUGUGAUGAUAUCUUUUUAACAUUGGCAGCAAUUCUUCAUUUAGGUAAUAUUGAAUUUGAAGUCGAUCAAACAGAGAACGAACAAACUAGUGGAUUUUCAAAGAUAUCGGAACAGAAAGCAUCCGUAAAGAAAUCAUUAUCAAUGGUAUCAAAGUUAUUGGGUUAUCCUGAACAAGUUUUUAAACAAACUCUAUUGAAUAGAAAUCUGAAAGGUGGUGGUAGAGGAUCAGUCUAUUGUAGACCGAUGGAAGUUUAUCAAUCUGAACAAACUAGAGAUGCUCUAUCGAAAGCAUUAUACGUUAGAUUAUUCGCAUCCAUAGUUGAAAAGAUUAAUGUUAAAUUCAUACAAAAUACAGGUUCAAAAGAUUUACAAGGUGGUUACUCAUCGAAAAGGAAUAAUCUAUUCAUUGGUGUAUUGGAUAUCUUUGGUUUCGAGAAUUUAUCAAGCAAUUCAUUGGAUCAAUUAUUAAUCAAUUUCACCAAUGAGAAAUUACAACAACAAUUCAAUUUAAAUGUUUUUGAGAAUGAACAAAAAGAUUACCUACAAGAGGGUAUACCUUGGAGUACUUCAAAUUUCAUUGAUAACAAAGAGUGCAUUGAAUUGUUCGAAAAGAAAUCCUAUGGUCUUCUAUCAUUAUUGGAUGAUGAAUGUAUGAUGCCAAAAGGUUCAGAAGUAACUCUAUUGGAGAAAUAUAAUAAACAAUAUCACAAUACCAAUCAAUACUAUCAAAGAACCCUUGCAAAAGGUACACUUGGUAUUAAACAUUUCGCUGGUGAUGUAACUUAUCAAACUGAUGGUUGGUUAGAAAAGAAUAGAGAUUCAAUACCAACUGAAGUUGAACAAUUAUUAUCAGCUUCUUCAAAUAAUUUAAUAAAAUCUUUAUUUAAUUUAAAAGAAUUAAAUAAAUCAAAUGAUAAUAAUUCAAAUAAUAAUAAUUCAAAUAAUAAUUCAUCAUCAUCAUCAUCAUCACAAUCAACUGCAUCGAUAACAGCAAAAGCAUCACCACCAAGAGAAAGAUUUAAUAGUGGUAGUGGUAGUGGUACAACAAGCCCAUUAAAUUUAAGUGGUAGUAGUAGUCCAUUAAGUGGUAGUGGUAGUUAUUCAAUAAUAGGUGGUAAUAGUAAUAGUAAUAGUAAUAAUAAUAAUUCAAGUAAUAAUAAAAAAUCUCAAAGUGUAUCAGUAGCAGGUCAAUUUAUAGAACAAUUAAAUAAAUUAAUUUCAACAAUAAAUUCAACAUCGGUUCAUUAUAUAAGAUGUAUUAAACCAAAUGUAACAAUGGAUUGUAAUAAUUUUAAUAAUUCUCAUGUAUUAUCACAACUAAGAAAUGUUGGUGUACUUAAUACUGUUAAAGUUAGAAAAAUGGGUUAUUCUUAUAGAAGAGAUUUCAUUCAAUUUUAUUCAAGAUAUAAUUGUAUUUUAAAUUCAUUAAAUAUUAAAAUUAAUUUAACAAAUAUUAAUCAUUCAAAUUUAUGUAAAGAAAUUUUAGAAAAUGUAAAUAGUCAAUAUAAAAAUAAUAAUAAUAAUAAAAAUAAUAAUAAUCAAAUUGUAAAAAUAACAACAAAUUCAAAACCAACAUUUCAAAUUGGUAAAACUAAAAUAUUUAUAUCUGAUGAAUUAUAUAUUUAUUUGGAGAAAAAAAGAUAUGAUAGUUUGGUUGAUUCAGUUUUAAAGAUUCAAGCAUUCUUUAAAAUGAUUAAAAUUAGAAAUCAAUAUAAAAGAAAUAAAGAAUCUUCACUUUUCUUACAAACUCUAAUAAGAGCUCAAAGAGCUAAAAAAGAUUUUGAACAAUUGGUAAUACUUGAAAAUAAAAGAAAAGAAGAAGAACGUAAAAAAGAAUUGGAAAGACAAAGAAAGGAGGAAGAAGAACGUCAAAAGGAAUUGGAAAGACAAAGAAGAGAAGAAGAGAAAGAAUUGGAAAGAAAAAGAAAAGAGGAAGAAAGAGAAUUAGAAAGACAAAGAAAAGAAGAAGAGAAAGAACAAGAAAGAAAAAGAAAAGAGGAAGAAAAAGAACAAGAAAGAAAGAAAAAAGAAGAAAAAGAAAUUGAAAAGAAAAGAAAAGAAGAAGAAAAAAAGAAAAAGAAAAACGAGCAAAAUCUAUCUCUUCCUUCACUCGAUAUAACAAAUUCACCAUCUUUAAUAAAUACCACUACAACUACGACAACAACAACAACAACAACAACAAAUACUUCAUCACCUCCAUUAUCGCCACCAAUUUCACCAAGACCAUCAACACCAUCAUCAACCUCAUCAUCAUCAUCAACAACAUCAUCACCAUCAACUAAAAAACAACUUUUAUUCAAAUUUAAUAGUAUUUCAAAUUUACUUUCAAAAUCACUUCAUGGUAGUAGUCAUAGUGAUAAAAAUUCAAAAGAAGAUAAUAAUAGUAAUAAUAAUAAUAAUGGUGAUUCAACAAUAAUUUUAUCAUCAGAUUCAAGUUUUGGACAACCAACACCAAAAGCAACUUCAACACCAACUCCACCACCUCCACCACCAUUAAAAACUCAACCAGUACCAAUUUCAUCAGGUGUUGAAAAUAAUUCAUCACCAAAUUUAUGGAGUCAUAGAAAUUCACCAAAUUUCAAUGGAUUGGUAAGAGAGAAAUCAAGAGCUAGAAUUGGCAGAUUAACUAUUAGAUCCGCUUCACCAUUGGAUUUAACUUAUUUACCUGAUCCAUCAAAAAAUGAAGGUUCACCUCAAUUCACAUCACAAUCAUUGGAUUUUACACCAAAUAUACCACCAAUUAUUACAAAUAGCAUCGUUGAGCAACAAUCAUCACUUAGUGGAAUAAAUAAACCAAUUCCACAAAGAACUAUAUCAUCAAGUGAAAAUUCACCAUUAUCAAGAGCCAAUUCUUCAAUAUCAUCCUCAUUAUUAAUAUUAACACCAACAUUAACAUCAUUAUCAACAUCAACUACACCAUCAACACCAACAACACCAAAAACACCAACAACUCUAUCAUCAUCAUCAGUAUCAACAUCAACUUCAUUAUCAUCAGUAUCAUCAUCAGUAUCAUCAUCAUCAUCAUCAUCAAUUCCAACACCAAUUAUUGAAAGUACACCAUCAAAUUCUAAUGAAGAUUUAAUUACAACAUUAUCAUCACCAAUAUCAACUGGUCAUACUGGAGAAAGUAUUGAAGAAAAGAAUAAAAGAUUUAGAAUUAAAAUUAUAAAUGAAUUAAUUGAAACUGAGAGAGAUUACGUUCGUGAUUUAAAUAUUGUUGUUGAAGUUUUCCUUAACCCAAUUAGAGAGAAACAAUUAUUAUCAGCUAAAGAUAUCAAUUCAUUAUUUUCAAAUAUUGAAAUUUUAUUCUCAAUCAAUAUGAAUGUUUUGAAAGCAUUGGAAAAGGAUAAGGAUCCAUUAUGUGAAAAUAUUAGUGUUGGUCAAACCUUUUUAGAUAUGUCACAUUAUUUGAAAAUGUAUACCACCUAUUGUUCCAAUCAACAAAAUGCUCUAAAGAUCUUGGAAGAGGAGAAAAUAAAGAAUCAACCAUUCAGAGAGUAUUUGGAAUUCUGUAUGAAUGAUUCAGUUUGUAGAGGCUUACCAUUGAAUAGUUUCAUCAUUAAACCAGUUCAAAGAAUUUGUAAAUAUCCAUUACUCAUAAAGGAAACCAUUAAAUUCACACCAAAUGAUCAUCCUGAUAAACCUGCCCUCGAAGAGGUUGAUAAGAAAAUCUCUGAUAUCGUUCAAUCUAUCAAUGAGGCAAAAAGAACUUUGGAAUUGUUUCAAAAGAUUGUUGACCUUCAAAAUUCAAUCGAUGGUCUUGAAGAUACAAAUCUCAUGGAACAAGGUAGAACUUUAUUGAUGGAAGGUACUGUUUCAGCUGUUAAAGAAUUAAAUUCUGAAGAUUCCCUAUCUAGAACCUUAUUUUUAUUCAAUAAUUUAAUUUUAAUUUGUUCUUUUGGUACAAAUGUUUUAUCAACUGCAAUUAAUCAAUUUAAAACUAAAAAAUUAAAAUUAAAAGCUAAAAUUCCAAUUUCAGAUUCAAGAUUAAUUUUCGUUUCUGAUACUGAUUCUGUAAAAUAUGCAUUAGAAAUUGUAAAUAUUAAAGAAGAUUCAAAUUAUAUUUUAUGUUUUAAUAAUGAUCAAGAUCGUAGUAAAUGGUUUAAACAAAUUAAAGCAUUGAUUCAAGAACAAAAAUUGUCAAAUGCAAAGAAAGCUGCAACAAUUGGUAAUUCAAGAUUGAUUCAAACAACCUCAUAA